CUCCAGGUCCUCCUGGACGAGCAGGCUUUCCGGGUGGCAAAGGAAGUAUGGGAAUUCCUGGGAGAAUGGGCUUAAAAGGACACGCAGGGGAGAAGGGAGCACCAGGUGAGCCUGGACUGUCUAUCAUUGGACCAAGAGGACCUCCUGGACAACCUGGUACAAGAGGAUUUCCAGGAUUUCCAGGUCCAAUUGGGUUAGAUGGCAAGCCUGGACAGAGUGGACCAAAGGGAGACAUGGGACAGCGUGGUCCUAAAGGACACCCAGGGGAACCUGGACCUAAGGGGGAGAAGGGUAUCUGUGGCGAUUACACACAUCGGAAGCGACGUAUUGUACAGCCCUGUGUUGGACAGUUGGCCACACAGGGCGAGCCUGGAAUACAGGGGCCUCCGGGACCUCCGGGGCCACCCGGUCCACCAGGAACACAAGGAACAGAUGGGGCCAAUGGCCCACCGGGUAAACCUGGGGAGCCAGGCAAACCUGGAAAAGAUCCAAGGCUUUUGCCCGGACUAAAGGGUGAGCCAGGUGUGCCAGGACAGAAGGGUGAUCGAGGUGAUGUUGGCCCAGCAGGCCCAAAGGGAGUUGGGGGAGACCAAGGAAAUAAGGGAGAGAAAGGAGAGCUGAACACUGGAUCCCUGGGAAUUAAAGGAGAGCCAGGUUCACCAGGACUAAGAGGACCCAGAGGUGACAAAGGAUCUCAGGGAGAAAAAGGGGAAGCAGGUCUUCAAGGCCCAGCUGGCCCAAGGGGUCUGCCAGGCCCGACUGGGGAGCCAGGAAGGGCUGAAAUCCAGUAUGAAAAUGAUAUCCGCAACAUCCCCCUGAUGGGCCCUCCUGGAUUACCUGGACCUCCAGGGACACCUGGAAUCCCUGGAGCCAAGGGUGAAGUUGGUCUACCAGGUCCACCAGGACUGGAUGGAGAGAAGGGAACUCGAGGGAAGCCUGGAGAACCUGGUCCCCCGGGCCCAGCAGGUCCUGAAGGUCCCAGAGGAGAGGGAGGUGUCAUGGGCUUUCCAGGACCCAAAGGCACCAAGGGUGACAUGGGUCCAUCUGGAUCACCUGGUCCAAAAGGUGAACCUGGAGAUGGAGGAAGGUUAGAAUCGAUCUAUGGUCCUCCAGGACCACCAGGACCAGCUGGCCCAGCAGGACCACAAGGACCAUCAGGGCCUAAGGGAGAGCCAGGAAUUGGAAUCCGAGGAGAAAAGGGAGCGACAGGUCAGAAAGGCGACAAGGGAGACAGAGGCCAUCUUGGACUUCCUGGGGCUCAUGGGUUAGACGGCAGACCAGGUGCAGUGGGUCUAGUAGGACCUGCAGGUGUGCCAGGGCCAGCAGGACCAAAGGGAGAGACAGGUGAAAAGGGUGAUCCUGGAAUCCCAGGACCAACAGGGCCGCAAGGCAUCCCCGGAUUAGUAGGACCACAGGGACUCAAGGGAAAUCAGGGAGAGAGGGGCAAGAAAGGCAACAGGGGGGCCAAAGGGGAUAAGGGAGACCAAGGAGCACCUGGAUUAGAUGCCCCCUGUCCAUUGGGAGAUGAUGGUUUACCUGUACCUGGAUGUUGGAAUAAAUGACGAUAACUUUGGAAUGGCUUGUGUGAUGUACAUAGGAUAUUUAUUUUUUUUACUUUUACUAUUCUAUUAUACAUGGAAAAAAAUAAAUAUAUAUGGCAAU